AUGGAAAUAAAUAGUAAAGAUUUAAAUGAUAGUUUAUUUUUUAAAACUUGGAGAAAUAAAUUUUUAAAAUUUAAAAUAUUUGAAUUUAUAAAAAUAAUUAAUAAUGAAUUUGUUCAAUUUGAAAAUAAAGAAACAUUAUUGAAAUAUAAAGAUAGGGAUUAUAUUCAAACAUUAGAAUAUCAAAGUAGAAAACCAUUAGAAAUUGGUGAUUUACCAUGUAAUGGGUUAUUAAAAACUAUUGAAUUCACAGAACCGGUACCUAUCAUUACAGGUCCAGAAAUUCCAAACACUGUUGAAAAUGUAAUAUUUAGUAUUGAUAGUGAUUGUGAUUCUGAUGAAGAGUUUUCAAUUAAAAAAUUAAAAAAAAGAGUUAUAUCAUUAAAAGAUUUACCAUCAAGUGUAACAAAUGUUGAAAAUGUAAUUUUACAAGGGGACAAUUUUGGUGACAAUAAUAAUAAUAAUGAUGAUGAUGAUGAUAUUAUUCCUAAAAAUAUUAAAUCAAUAUCUAUUAAAAAAUGUUCACAACUAUCAAAUAAAUUUAAAAUUCCAAAUUCAGUUACAUCAUUAUCAUUUUGGAGAUCUUGUUAUUGGGGUAAUAAAAAAGGUUUAGAAUUAAAACAAACAGAUAUCCCAUCUUCAAUUACAAAUUUAAAAAUAAAUGAUCAUAGUAAUAAAAUUAAAAAAAACAUUUUACCAAAUUCAAUUAAAAUUUUAAAAUUUCAAGUUGAUACAAUGAAAUUAAUAUCAUCUGUUGAUAGUAAUAAUAUCGAUGGUGGUAAUAAUGAUAAUGGUGGUGAUGGUGGUGGUGGUGGUGAUAAUAGUAACAAUGUUAUUAAUUAUAAAAAUUAUAAAUUUGAAGAAAUUGAAACUAUAAGCUAUUAUAAUUAUUAUUCAGAAAAAAAUUCAUCAUUUCUUAGAAUUGGUAUUGUACCAUCAAGUGUUAAAUGUUUAACAUUAUUAUGUAUUCUAAAAAGUUUAGUUAUUGAAUCUGGUGCAUUACCAACAAUAUUGGAUGAAUUGACUAUUAAUAUUAAUUUACCAAAUUUUAUGGACUUUGGUGAAAAUAAAUUAAAUUUAUUAAAACUUCAUUUAAAAGGUCAUGAAAUUGAUUUAAAUAAAAAGUUAAUACCAUUAGAUUCAAAUAUUCAAUCAUUUAUAUACCAAAGUUCAUCAUAUACUCUUAGAGAUAAGAAUGUAAUAUUUGAAUCGAAUAUAUUACCAAAUUCAAUAACUGAUUUAACAUUUAAAACUAAAAAUUUACAUUUAACAUUUCCAAUUGGUUCACUACCAAAUAAUUUAAAAAAAUUAUCACUUAUUGAUACAAUUUAUACUUCAACAAUAACAAUACCAAUAAAAACACCAAAAACAGAAAUGGAUAUUUACCAAUCAAAUUUAAAAAUUGAUUAUCUUCCAGAAUCAUUAACUGAAUUAACUUUAAAUCAUUGUUAUAGUAGUGAUGAUUUUCAAAAUGAUAUCAUUCCAAUUUUACCAGAAUCAUUACAUACAAUUAAUCUUGAUAUAUUAAUGAAAGAUAAAAUUUUAAAUUUUAAACCUCAUGUUAAAAAUAUUUCCUUUAAAGAAACAAAAAUAAAUAAAUAUUAA